AUGUCCUCCAACCACGCCUCAUUGGAUGCGGCAUCCACAGACCGCAAAUCUCGCCUCGCCAAGCUAGCGGCACUGAAGCGGAAACAACCAGAACCCGAGUCGUCGACCGAAGCUCGUGCCGGUGAUGAGGCCGGCGACGCUGCACCCGAUGUGACAGCCUCCUACCUCUCUGGCCGAAACUAUGAUGCCGAGACCCGCGGUCCAAAGCUUGGAUUCGAACAGGGCCCGCAGCAUGGGAAAGUGACGGUGGAAGCUCAAGCCGCUGAGAUCGCCCAGGCGACGGCGGAACAGGCUCAGAAGGACGAAGAGGCUGACCAGCCCAUUGAUCUGUUCAAGCUGCAACCGAAGAAACCAAACUGGGACUUGCGGCGGGAUCUGGAUGAGAAGCUCAAGACCCUCGACGUAAGGACGCAGAACGCCAUUGCCCGAUUGGUACGACAACGGAUAGAGAAUGCGAAGCGCGCAGCCAAGGAACGAGGACAGUCCAACGGGGACCAAGGCGAGGAAGUGGGCAUUGAGGGCGAUGCUCUAGUGGAGGGAAUCCAUCUCCGCGAGCGGGAGGAAACGAGAGACGAGGAGAUGAUUUGA